ACAGCAACGAAUUAUGUUUCCUGCCCAGUAAGCCGGGUGCUAAUGUUGCCUUAGCUGUCAGUUUUCUCAAUACACGGGGAGAAACCAGGAAUGUUGGCAACAACAGCGUAGUUGCGGAGCUGUCCACCAGUAAGCCCAAAACGUCAGGAAAAAAAAUAUCUUUUUUUCGGUUAUACGAUCGAGUGUGAUGUCGGGUCUUUAAAGUUUUGUGGAUAAAAGAAUAUUUAUGAAAUAUUACAUUUAUUAAUAAGCAUAUAUUGCAAUUCCUUGUUCUUUGAACUAAAGCAUCCAUAAAAGUAUUUCCAGAAUGAUGCCAGGAAGACCUUUACCAGAAAACCCUUUGGGGUUAUCAUGGCAUGAUAGUGCUUGGAUUCCCAUGCUCAAUCCAUCAAAUAUUAUGGAUUACUUUUCUGAACGUAGUAAUCCAUUCUUUGAUCGGACAUGCAACAAUGAAUUAGUUAAAAUGCAACGUUUAAGUCCAGAGCAGCUGAAUUCCAUGAUUGGUCUUGAAUACAUUUUACUGCAUGUACAAGAACCUAUUCUCUACGUAAUUAGAAACAACAUAGACAUUCCCCAACACAAGUUACUCUUUAGCGAUUAUUACAUAAUUGCAGGAAUUGUCUAUCAAGCACCAGAUUUGAUGUCUGUUAUAAAUUCCAGACUGAUGUCGACUAUUCACCAUCUACAAUCAGCAUUUGAAGAAGCAAGCUCUUAUUCACGUUAUCAUCCGUCAAAAGGAUACUCAUGGGAUCUGAAGGAAAGGAAAGCUCCUGAGCGUACAACUAAAAAAGAAACUCAAAAAGAAGAGCCUAGUUCUUUAUUCCAACGUCAAAGGGUAGAUAUGUUGUUGGGAGAACUGACACGCAAAUUUCCUGUACCUGUUCCACAGCAAAAACCUCCACCUGAGGAAAUUAAAAUGGAGCCCAGAGAUAUAAAAGUUGAAAAACCAGACACACCUCGAAGCAUGAAGCCUCCGCCAGAGAAAAAGCCGCGAAUAAAUUAACAAUAAAUUUUUCGUAAUUGUAACAUAUUGUUAUAUUUCAAUGAUUGACUGAAAGUAGUAUGUGUGAAGUGCAAUUAUUGUCAUAUUCUGACAAUUAUUUUCCUUAAUUUGUGUAGAUCAACAAUUUUGAAUUAUUCAAAUUGAAGCAGACAGUUGUGCAUUAAAUCUUGUGCUUCCUUGAUAUACAACUACAAUUCUAGCAGAUCUGCAUGCAAGCGAAGUGUUCUUUAAUGGUUGAUCAUUUCUAUUGAAUUUGAAAUUUGUUUUGUAUGAAAAACUUGUUGCUGUGAAUAAAUUCCUGACAUGGUGCUUUUUCUUUUUUAAAAUUGUGUUGUAUUUGAAAACUGUAAUAUUUCAAAAUUUCCAUCUGAAUUUUCUAAUGGAUGAUGAGGGGGAAAGGUAGCUAUUUAAAUACCUUCUUAAACUAAUGUUAUCUGAGCUGGAGAGAAAUUUGUUAUUCAAUAAGUGUUUUCAAGUGUUUGCAAAUAAGUUAAUUAAUGUAAGGUCUUGUGUCCUUUAAUUUUCAUUCCAAACUUCUGUUUUAUUUUGUGAUUUAUAAAAGAAAUUUGGAGAAAAUAUAAUAUCCCAGAUAAUUGGCAAAUACUUAGGCACUUACAGAACUUUAUAUUUGUUUUCUCCCAAAUAACUUUUUGUGUUGCAACAAGGGAAAGUUGGUUAAGAAAAGUAUCGCAAAAUACCCAUUAUUAAUACUUAAAAUAGAUUAUUGUAUGUGGGUCGACAGAAUGAGUACACAUUUUAGGUUUACUUAAAAAAGAAAUGUUAGAAAGAAAGUAUUAUAUUUUUUCAAUAUACUUUAUGUGACUGAGUUUCUUUUUCUCAAUAAAAGACUAAAUAAUUGAAGUUAAUAAACAGC